ACAGCUAACCCAAGUCCAUUUAUUCACCCUCCCUCACUCUCUCCAUAUAGUUGACAUUUAUCAUUUGUCUUGCACAAUGUUUUAUCUUUUUGGACUUCUUUUGCUCUUGCUGGAUCCGUCUAUGAUCUGUGGUCAAACGACGCAAGAUAACAGAACAGAGUUUGAAGAUGAGAGUAUCAGAGUCAAAAAUGAAAGUGUACAGCAAGAACUGAACAAUUAUUUAAACACGGAGAGACCCAACGUCACAUAUGAGGACAGUGAGAAUUUUCAGAAUCAAAGUUUUCAAAAACGCUUCAGUCACUGUCGAGAGGAGAAGUUGAAGGAUUAUUGUAGAAAUUGCUCGGAGAUUUUCAGUGAAGUCAUGAGUGAAAUUGGAGGGGAGAACUGGUGUAUUAUGGAGAUUGUGAUAAGAUACUACAACCAGUUAACUGUGUGUAUGGACAUCGUAUCCAGUCUCUCUGAUUGCUUUUACCCUAAUCAUGUUGUGGAGCAGGAGUUUGUGAAGAUACACCAGCAGUACUUCAGCCUUUGCAGGAAUGAAGAGGAUUUACUGGACGCCCCGGCUGGAGUCGUGCUUGUGUCCACCCUGCUGCCUAUCCUUCUCAUACCCUUCAUAGUGUACAUUGUGGUCUGGAAGAGUAGUUUAAGGGACUGAAUGCUUUUACAUUAUCCCAGAAAGUGAUAAAAACUCUUUACUCACCCUCAUGUCAUUCCAAACCUGUGUGACUUUCAUUCUUCUAAAGAAGAUAUUUUGGAGUUGUUGUUUUUCAGAGCAAUGAAAAUGAUUGGAAUGAAGU